AUGGAAAGAGUAGCUAGAGGUCGUGGUGCGAGAGGGCGCGGUGCUAGAGGCCGUGGUGGCCGAGCUGGACGCCGAGCAGGCCGAGGUCAUGAUGGCUUGGUGGUUGGGUUGCUGACGCAGCUAUUGGCACGGUUUCCGCCACUGGCUCCACAGGGUCCAGUGGUAGAGGUGCAGCAGAGAGUUGCAGAGGUCGAGCAGCCGAGGGCUGCGUUUGGCGGUAUUCCGCCAUAUCUGGAUAUGAUGGGGCAAAUGCAGAGGAUUGGUACAAUGUUCUUUGAGGGCGGAGUUGGUCCAGAGGAGACACACGCGUGGCAUCCGAGACUGGAGUGGAACUUCCGGUCGAUUAGAUGUCCUUUGGAGUACCAAGUUGAGUUGGCGGUCCACCAUCUGAAUGGGGAUGCACAUUUGUAG